AUGGCGCGAGUCCAUGAAUUGAUUUCUCGUGGAUGCGAAGAUGGGGGCGACGCGCAGGGGAGCCGGGCGUUCCCGAGGAUCUCCGAGCGUGAGGAGGACGAGCACGGCCGCCAACACGAGAAGAAGUCAGUACUGGCGAAGGUGAAGGACAAGGCGAAGAGGUGGAGGCGCACACUCUCUAAGAGAAAGCAGGGGCAUAAUGUCGGCAACGACGACCGUUUGUAUGACACCGGACUGGGCGAGCACGACGGUGAAGGACCAGACCCUGAAUACCACGGAGCCGCGAGUAGUCUCCCUGAUCGAACUCCGCUUCUUUUAGCUUAAUUUUGUUAUGAUUUAUCUUUUGAUGAGAAUCUGCGUGUUUUCUCAUAGUGUGUGAGUCGACCUCAGCGUCUGUCUCCUAUAGGGAGACCCCUGCGCCGCCGGAAAUUACAGCAGACCGCACCGAGAAGGGCACUGAAGGCCCUGAUGAUAGUCGUCAUGUAAAGGACAGAAACCUUAGAGAGGAUUCGGAUUCGGCACCGCCGUUUGUCGCAGACAAGCAUAUGAUGCAGUCCACGAAGAUCCCCGGAUACCCCGUCGGCGAGGACCGCGGCAGUAAUUCGCCCACCAAGGCUGCCACGGGGGUGCUUUCUCCGGCUUACGCCAUGGUGACGGAGACCCACCGUGAGAUGACUUCCACGAUCCAGAGUCCGAGGGCAGCGACAGGAGAUCAGGCACGGGAUAAAGGGAUCUCGGUGAAGGAGUACCUGUUGCUUAAGCUCGAGCCGCAGGAGGAGGACAAGGCUCUCUCCGAGGUCAUCACGGAGGCCAUGAGCCCGAGGAAGGGUGUCAACGGUGGAGAGCUGGGGAUGGAGAAGCUGAAAGACGUCGUUACAUCUCUUUUCUUUACGGAGAGGUCGACCAAGCCGCAGCCCGCAAGUUCUGAAAUCCCCUGGGAGGGAUCAGACUCUAAAGACCCGCGGCCAGGCCUCGCGUCCUCAGGGUCUCGUCCCCUUUCGGUCUCCGCCAGUCCUCAGCCGCUACUGUCGUCCAACCCUCGUCCGACGCCGCCCUCUUCUUCUGCUCAGCCCGACCCACUCCUAGGCAGCCCUUAUCAAGGUAUUUUUCCAACUACGGUCGACGUAUCUGCACUUGUUCGUCGUCUUCCUCCACCCUUCUUAUCGUCUUCUUUUUCCUUCCCUCUUCUUCAGGUCUGGGAGAAGAGGAACGAUCGAACGAAAGAGUACUCCAGGCGUACGCAAACUAA